AUGCUGUCGACACGACUCCUCGCGCGCCGCCUUGUGCCUAUGCACCGCCAUGGCGUCGUCUACCGAGGCCUUGCCUCGUGGGUCAACCCGGAGAACGUGCCGCAGGGCGAGAGCCUCGCCAAGUACGGCCGCGACCUCACCGUCAUGGCCCGCGACGGCAAGCUGGACCCGGUCAUUGGCCGCGAAGACGAGAUCCGCCGCGCGGUGCAGGUGCUCUCGCGCCGGACCAAGAACAGCCCGGUGUUGAUCGGCGAGCCCGGG